AUGCCUGCCGCCGACGCUCGCUCCGAGGCCCGUGUCUCCAACUACACCAAGUUCUGGAACAAGGACUCGGCCAAGGACACUGAGACCGACAAGUCCAACCGUCUUGACCAGUACACCGACCUCGUCAACGGCUACUAUGACGGUGCCACCGAGCUCUACGAGUACGGCUGGGGCGAGUCGUUCCACUUCUGUCGCUUCUACAAGGGCGAGGCCUUCCUCCAGGCUCUUGCUCGCCACGAGCACUACCUCGCCUCCAUGAUUGGUCUCCGCCCCGGCAUGCGCGUCCUCGACGUCGGCUGCGGUGUUGGUGGCCCCGCCCGCGAGAUUGCUCGCUUCUCGGACGCCAACAUUGUCGGUGUCAACAACAACGAGUUCCAGGUCGGCCGCGCCCGCCAGAAGACUGCUCGCGCUGGUCUCUCGGACAAGGUCUCGUUUGUCAAGGGCAACUUUAUGGCCCUCGAGGAGCAGUUCGGCGCCAACAGCUUCGACGCUGUUUACGCCAUUGAGGCUACCUGCCACGCCCCCACCUUUGAGGGUGUCUACGGCGAGGUCUUCAAGGUCCUCAAGCCCGGAGGAGUGUUCGGUGUCUACGAGUGGUGCAUGACCGACGAGUGGGACGCUUCCAAGCCCGCCCACAAGGCUGUCUCCCACGGCAUUGAGGUCGGUGACGGUAUCGCCGAGAUGCGCACCCUUCACGACGCCCGCAAGGCCCUCAAGGCCGUUGGUUUCGAGAUUGUCCACGAGGAGGACCUUGCUGCCCGCCCCGACCCCGUCCCCUGGUACUACCCUCUCGAGGGUGACAUCUUCAAGGCUCAGACCCUUUGGGAUGUCUUCACCGUCUUCCGCAUGUCGCGUCUUGGCAAGAUUAUCACCCAGAACGGUGUCUGGGGUCUUGAGAAGAUCGGCUUUGUUCCCAAGGGAACUUACGACGUCGGAGAGAGCCUCAAGGUUGCCGCCGACGCGCUCGUCGAGGGUGGCCGCGAGAAGCUCUUCACCCCCAUGGCUCUUUGGGUUGUCCGCAAGCCCCUCAACUAG